AUGGGGAUGGGGGACAGGAACGGGGACGGGGGGACAGGGACGGGGACGGGGGACAGGGACGGGGAUGAGGGGACAGGGACGGGGGGACGGGACAGGGGGACGGGGGUACAGGGACGAGGGGACAGGAACGGGGACAGGGGACAGGAACGGGGACGGGGGUCAGGGACGGGACGGGGAUGGGGGACAGGGACGGGGGGACGGAAACGGGGGACGAGGGGACAGGGAUGGGGGUACAGGGACGAGGGGACGGGGGUACACGGACCGGGGGACAGGAACGGGGACGGGGGUACAGGGACGGGGGACAGGAACGGGGACAGCGACGGGGGUCAGGGACGGGGGGACAGGGACGGGGGGACAGAAACGGGGGGACGGGGGGACAGGGACGGGGGGACGGGGAUGGGGGGAUGGGGACGGGGGGACAGGAACGGGGACGGGGGUACAGGGACGGGGGUUCAGUCUAAUUAG